AUGUCUCUCGAUGUCGCACAUCUCUCUCCCACUAAAUCAAGCGAGCCCUCGACAAGUAUAGACAUUAGGAGACCGAAGCGCCAGUCAUCUAUCGGGCGAAAGAGCAGGGUCCAGAGAGAUAAUAUUGAGAAUGCCCUAUCCCCAGCUUCCGCAACUGUAAGCCUUGCAAAUCUUCCGAUCCAGAAGCAGUCCACAAAGAUCCGGAAAAGGCUUUUGACUGAGAACCAGACCGCUCUCUGUUCCAGCGACAGCCUCUCAAUCAAGAGACACAAGAUCAUUGUAGAAGAUCGUACGCAUGCUUCGGCUGUCACAGCUGUGUCUGCCACGCAGAACGUCACGUCGCUACAUCGUACCUUGUCGGAUAAGUCGUCCUAUCUGAAUCGAGCAUCUCUUGCCGAUGUUGGUUUCGAUCGCAAGGAAACUUUGUCAAAGUCUCAGUCCACGUUGACAAGCUGGCGGAAAGAGUCUCAGACGAAGCGUAAUGGGUCAGAAAGCGAAGAUGCAGAUGAUGAAGACGACGCAUUGAGUGUAAAUACCACCUCCUGUACUGACAAUACCUUGAUAUCUUCAGAAUUUCCAAGCUCUGAAGUUGCCAAUAACAUGAAUCAUUCACAGGCGACCAAUCCAGAUCUUACUUUGAAUCUGGUCAAUGAAUCCCUUGUGCAAACGUCCCCUAUCGGAAGCCUGUCGCCUCCAUCCAAUGAUGAUGAUCCUUUUGGAAGUGAUACUACAUUGACAAGUCCAGAGGAAGACUCAGAUGACGAGCAUGGAAGUGAUUGUUCGUCUUCACCACGAACUUCUCAGUCUUCUGGGAACUUUUUCUCGGCAUUCUCCCCUCAAAUUAGCUCUCCUGAAAAAUCCAUGAUGCCCACGACGAUCGUGACAACUGCUCCCAUAGCACCAGCAACAGUAGCCAUAACAGCCACAACUACUGUCAAGCGAAGAGGACCUGGCAGACCACGUAAGAAUCCAACGCCUGUUUCUACCAGUGUUUGCCCUACAAAGGCUCGUCAUACUAAGCCUGAUGAAGAUGUUGCAGCCUCGUUCGCCAAGCUACCAGACACAACUCCAGCGACAACUCCAGUAAUGACCCCAAUAGCGACCUCUCCACCCAAGCGAACUUCGUUUGCGAAGCUUUGGCAGAACCAUCCUAUUCCAUGCUCGCCAUGUAUUAAGCAGGAUCUGCCAACUAUCAAAAUGCGUGGAUCGCUCAUGGCCCGUAUCAUCGAAGGCAAAAAACAAUCGCAGGCUCUUAACGAUGAUACUGAAUUUUCAGAUUCUUCUGAUGAUGUGGAUCUGGCGCCCUUGUUGACCAGGCUUACCAAACAUAGAUCUGAAUUACCUCGGAAUGCCAUGGUUGUCGAAAAAGCUGCUGCAACCAUAGACCCUGCGCUCGAGCUUGCCCUUGCAACCGUGACAAAGGAACUGGCUUUGACUACAAUGCUUUCGCCUGUUAAGUCUGAAGAUCACUUGUUUGUUGUACCCACCUUACAUUCUCCCCAAAUCGCUGGUGCCAGCGAUUUGACACGCUCUACUCCCCCCAAGCUCCCAACGCACAAAACUUUUACUAAUACCCCACGGCGUACUAUCGCCAAACAAGUCCAUACGCGCCCAUCCCUCCGGAGUGUCCCUCGUCCUCAGCUUUUCCAGACAUGCCUCGAUAUCAUGACUCAAUCCAACCCAGACCGGCACCGAUCUAACGUACAAUCCAUUAAGGUGAUGCUAAAGCAUGCUCUUGAACGGGGCAUGCGCAAAGUAAAAGAGUCGGCGGACGAAAGCGAGCUGGUCUCGACAAAGGUCGCUGAGCUCGAUGCAAGUUCUCUUCAGCAGCAAGCUUGGGGUUGUGUCAUUGGAAAUGGAAAAGGCCUCUUCCAAAGUUCAACCCGCAAGCAAGAAGAGCAGCAACGCAUGUCCGAAAGGCAGACCAUGGUAGCAGAUGCAUUUCGAUUGCUUAAUCUCCCACCUCCACCCGAGAACUGGGACAAAUCAUCUAAAGUCAUUAGCGCUGGACUCUCAUUAACCAGCGACACUUCUUCGGCCUUCAUGGAUGCUGCGAGUUCCCACCGAUUGUCUACCGUCAAGGAAGACGCUCUAGAUCAUAUGAGCCGUCGCCUCGGGUGCCAGUACUGCAGAAAAACAUACAAAAACAGAAGCGGGCUUGUAUAUCACAUGGAACGUUGCACAAUGGCAAAAUUACAAACAUCGAUGUCUAGAGACUUGGAUGGUGACUCGACUGCAUCAGAAACUGAGGAUCAACGCAAUUCAAGGUUCUCUAGGCCUUCCGAAGGCAAAGGAUCCAAUAAGGACAUAAAUGGUGAGCGCUCUAAUGAUGAUGAGUACGAAGACGAAGAGGGCAUUAUCAUGUGUGUAUGCGGCUCCAAAAACGAUGAAGGGGCUAUGGUUCAGUGCGAUGACUGCAAGGUCUGGCUCCACAUUGACUGCCUAGAUCUUGCCGAAGAAGAUAUUCCAGAAGAAUACUUUUGCCCCUCAUGUCAGGGCUUGCCCAUCCCAAGUACUGGAGGAAAGUCAUUUAGACACAUCCCAACCAAGUCUCCCAAGCGUAAAGCUGAGCAGCGUAGACCAGGCCGUCCCCGUCGUCGAUGCAAGAGCGAAGAAGUUCUGUCUGAUCAAGAAAGAUAUGUACAGAAUGAGCUCAGACUUGGAAGUGAGAGCGAUUCGGAUGAUGCAGACUCGAUGGAUGAUGACAGCGGUUCCACUUUAAGAGGAUUAGUAUCACCUCAGGUUGUUUUGAGCCAUGACUGGGAAGGAGACAAUAGGGACCCCUCAAGUAACCUUGGGUAUGACAGUGAACUCAUGGGUUCAUUAUUCAAUGGCAAACCCACUCGGGCCAUCUUCAGACAAUCACUCGCUCCAGCAUUGAUGCUUGAUGGUUCGUCUAGUCAGGAGAGCCAAUCUGACAUAACGGCUCCUCUUGUUUCAAGCGAUAUUGGUCUUGAUGAUGGGAACAGCAUGCUCUUCCAAGUUGUGGAUGGAAUGGAACUCUCUGCGAUGGGCAUUCAGCUGGGUUCUGAGACGGACAUGUCUUUCCAUAAUACACCAUCAUUUGAUUACUUACCAUCGUCGAGUGGCUCAUUCCUGGAGCUGGACCUCGACGAAACCAAUCCGGAUCACCUCUUGACCUCGGAAGAUACCCUUGACUCAGAAAAGGCAGUAUUUGAACGUGAUGAUUGCCUAUCUUUGUUUACAAGAGUCAAUGGAGCCUGUAUAUGUGAUUUAAAAUAUCCAAAUAUCUGUGCCUGCGACAAACCAGCGACAAUAGACACUCAGCAAGGAGAGGAUUUGUUUUCAGAUGACAUCUGUGCGCGAUAA